AAUGAGCUGUGUUUGGACAGGAAUAAAAAAGUAGAGAAGGGCCUCAGGUGCUUUAACUGUGCUUAUCUUUACUUUAUCUGCUGAACUAACUGAGUUUCACAGAGUGGUUCAGUCAGAAUGUUGAGUGCAGUGCUGUGUGUACUGUGUGUGCAGUUUGGAGGAAUUUUGAUGAACAGCACUCAACAUGCAGGAGAUGCUGAAGCUCAUCAUGUCUUUAAUUCUCUGGUGGCUGACCGUGUGUCUGUGACAGAACGCCUGAAGUCCAACAGAAGUCCUGAUGUUCCUCUCAGAACAGUUUCUGUGACCUGCAGUCCCUCUGCUAUGGAGGUGCACAUUAAAGCCGAUCUGUUUGACCUCGGAGUUCCUGUUAAUCCUGAACACGUGACACUUGGAGAGCGCUGUGGAGUGACCAAGGCCUCGUCUGAAGAGUUCAUCAUCCACACUGCUCUCACUGACUGCGGCACACGCUACUGGCUGACAGCCGAUGCCCUUGUUUACACUAACAUGCUCGUGUACGCUCCUGUUCCCUCUGUCGAUGGGGUGAUAAGACAGGAGAAGACCUCUGUCCCUGUGGAGUGUGCUUACAGGAGGAGGUUUGGUGUUGACAGUGUCUCGGUCGUCCCCACGUGGCUCCCUCACCUGAGUGCGCACUCCGCUGAACACACCCUGCACUUUGCUCUGCGUCUGAUGUCUGCUGAUUGGCAGGUGGUGCGAGGAGGCGUGUACUUCCUGGGGGACAUGAUAAACAUGGAGGCAUCUGUGUUUGCACCCCUGCUGGAGCUGCGAGUGUUUGUUCAAGAUUGUGUUGCUACGACGACCCGCGAUACGAAUUCAGUCCCCAGAUACAAGUUUAUACAAAAUGGGUGUUUUACAGACGGACAGCAGACGAACUCCACGUCUCAAUUCCUUCCCAGAAUUCAGUCUGAUAAACUCCAUCUUCAGCUCCACACCUUCAUCUUCAGGCAGGUGCACAGCGCACAGAUCUUUAUUAGCUGCAGUCUGAAAGCUGAACUCCAGAGUUCCUCCUCCAGCAGAGCAUGUUCCUACAUCCAGGGAAGUUGGAGGUCAGCAGAUGGAGAUCACUCUGUUUGUGAAAGUUGUCGUACGUCUGAUCAGUUCAGACAGAAUGAUGUUGAGAGACGAAACACACAGGCUGGUUCUGCGCAGAUGGAACCUGGAGAACUAGAGCUUGGAACCCCUGGAUCCAUGUGGAAGAACCCAGAACAUGCAGACACACACGUGCAGGCUUUGCAGCAGGAGGUGCUAGCUGGCCCACUGUCUCUCUCCUCGUGGAGGAGUGAAGUUUCGCCAUCUGCAGUGCUGGAGGGAGUUCACAUCACUCACAUUCCUUCACUUAAAACCAAAAGGCUGACGGCACAUGCACUACAGGGAAAUGUCUCAACGCCAGGUUCAGAGUAUCAACUCACCAUCACAGAGGAAAAAGCUGAGUGGGAGAGCAGAGUAUCCACAGAGCGAGAGAUGGGUGUGUCCUUGGUCACACCCACUCCUGAGCUUCACCUCACUGUGACUCCCCUGAUGUUCACUACACUGGAAAUGACCAACACUGUGUUUAAGACAAAAUCAACAGCAGCAGCAGGAAUUCCAACCUUAACUGCCAACAUGACUAAUCAUCUCCCCUUCAUCACUCCUCCCCAUCAUCAUCGACCUUCACCUGGGAAUCUCUUGCUGCUGUUGAGGAUGGCCCCACAUUCACAGCCUAAAGUUUUGGGAGGUUGCUGUGGAUGGUACCACACUGAUACCCUAAAGAUGGUUGCGGAUGGUCUCACCUGCAUAGUCGAAAGACUGCACUUACUGAAAACAAUUUACGCUCAAGUCUCAUUCAUUAUUCAGUGGAUAACUUCAAUUUGAUACUGUAGACUUAAAGCUAAAACAAUUUCAACACAGUUAGCACUGCUUGACUACAUACAUUUAUAGAAAUGUAAUUAUUUAUAAUCACAAUUAUUUAUAAUUGUUGUCACCCAGAUGAGGAUGGGUUCCAUUUUGAGUCUGAUUCCUCUCAAAGUUUCUUCACCACCGUCACCUCUGACUUGCUCAU